AGGAACCAAUGCUCCAUUACCAAUUUUUGUCUAAAAUUUACUUUGAUAAUGGAGCCUUCAAGGGCUUGGGCAAUGUGUGUGGGGCUUUGAAGCUAUUUUUGGUGCUGCUGCUUACUUUUUUGUGACGUUGGCCAUAUGCAGUAUUAUAAUUUUCUACAUUUUGUAUUUGUAAGACUUGAUUGGUGGUACAAAACUUCAGGGGUGUUUGUCUUAGUGACAUGAUUCCAUUUUACAUGGGGAAGCUCUUUAGACAAUCUGGGGCAUCUGAUGAUGUUUGUUCAAAGUUGGGGAUCAGCAAGGAGAGAGCAAUGAAUAUCACAUCUGUAGUUCAACGAUAUGGGAAUCUCGUAGGUUUUGUAGAACGAUUUUCCCUUGGAGUGAGAAAUCCGACAGCAUUCCUAGCAGGAGCACUGGACGUAUCUCCAGAAUGUUUCUUUGCCGGUGUCUGUUGUGGUGGCUUGAUCACUCUUCCAGUUCAGUUGGGGAUUGGAUUCUUACUGAGAGAGCGUCCUGUGUUCGCCCUUGCAACUGUUGCAACCGUUGUGGGAAUUUGGACUGUGUUCCCCUAUGCUGUGGCUGCUUCAACAGCAUUAUUCCUUUAUCUAAGGCGACGCCUCUACUCUAGGUAGUCCUGCUUGUAAGUUUUUGCGGAAUUUAUUAGUCCCUGGGGAUGAAGCAGACAAGAGCUAUGGAUUUGGUAGAUAGGGGCUAUGGAUUUGUUCGUCUGGAGGGACUUUUUAUUAAUAUAGUUCAGAUGAUUUUGCAAUUACUUGUUGAUUAAUUAUUCUUGCUUUUUCUUUGGUUUUACUGAUAGGUAGUGGUGAUAGGAACCAACUUAGAAUGAUUUACAAAUUGAUGUAUAGCUAAGUAGUGUUGCCAUUUUAUCAAGGAAAAUUUCCCCUUGUUCAUUGUAGGUUAGAUGUCCGUCUCUCUUUGUAUUAUGAUUUUUGAAAUACGAAGAGUUGUAAGUUUGUACCAAUACAUCAUUUCACAUCUGAAAAUGCGAC